GACGUGAGACAGAUCUCGAGAGAGCCGCUCUCGCUGCUGAAAAAUUCGAACGGGAACAGGUGGGCAAACGGUUCGACCCACGAAAAAAGUCUAAGCCAAUUAACGUAGAGAUAAGAACCCGCUGGAUCGGCGAUAAAGAUUCUAAAGCGUUUGUUGAGGAGAUAAGAAUUAUCAGACCAUUGUUAAGUAGAGAUCGGAGUUACACAACUUGCUCGAACCAUCGCCAGCAAUCGGUUCCACCAAUUACUCCCCUCUUUCUCUUUCUUAUCGCCAAAUUUUAUCGCUUAAAAAUUGACGUCGCCUGCCGAAUCGUUCACAACUCGCAAUUAUUCUUUGGUGAAAACAUGAAACUCGCUUUCCUCCUCUUGGCCGUUCUAGUUGCCGCCGUUGCCUCCCAGGAUGUCGAUCCUGAAAACGACAUUUGGCAGCCCGAAUACGACUACGGCCCGGAACAUCCGGUCGUGGUGAAGGGCAAAAAUUACAUAUACGAUUACAAAAAAUGGAUUCCCACUAAGGCGGCCAAACAUUCUAAAUCUGGAACUACCAAAAAAGCGAAAGGUACCAGAAAGCCGCGAAAACCUUACGACUGGACCAAAUGGAUUCCGUCCCACGUCAAAUCUUUCAUUCCCUCGUCCAGCAAAUCCUUCGACUGGAAGAGUUUCGUUCCAAAGGAUCACCAGUCUUUCGUUCCUUCCUCCUUCGGAUCCUUCGAUUGGAAGAGCUUCGUUCCUUCGGAUCAUCAAUCUUUCGUUCCUUCCGAUCAUCAAUCCUUUGUUCCUUCGGAUCAAUCUUUCGUUCCUUCCUCCUACGAUUGGAAGAGUCACAUGCCUGACAACAAGAAGUCUUUCGAUUGGAAGAGCUUCGUUCCUUCGGAUCAACAGUCCUUCAUUCCUUCGGAUCACCAAUCCUUCGUUCCUUCGGAUCACCAAUCCUUCGUUCCUUCGGAUCACCAAUCUUUCGUUCCUUCCGAUCAGCAAUCUUUCGUUCCUUCCUCCUACGAUUGGAAGAGUCACGUGCCUGCCGACAAAAAGUCUUUCGAUUGGCAGAGCUUCGUUCCCGAGGACCAAAAAUCCUUUAUCCCUUCGGAUCACCAAUCUUUCGUUCCUUCCGACCAGCAAUCUUUCGUUCCUUCCGACCAGCAAUCUUUCGUUCCUUCCGAUCACCAGUCUUUCCUUCCCUCGGAAUUUAAGGCUUUUGAAUGGAAGAGCUUCAUUCCUAAGGAUCGCCAGUCUUUUAUUCCGUCCGACCACAAGUCAUUUAUUCCUUCCGGCCAGAAGUCUUUCAUUCCCAAAGAACAAAGGGCUUUCGAUUGGAAGAGCUUCAUUCCUAAGGAUCGCCAGUCUUUUAUUCCUUCCGACCACAAGUCUUUUAUUCCUUCAGGCCAGAAGUCUUUCAUUCCAAAAGAACAAAAGGCUUUCGAUUGGAAGAGCUUCAUUCCUAAGGAUCGCCAGUCUUUUAUUCCUUCCGAUCACAAAUCUUUUAUUCCUUCCGGCCAGAAGUCAUUCAUUCCAAAAGAACAAAGGGCUUUCGAUUGGAAGAGCUUUAUUCCUUCCGACCACAAGUCAUUUAUCCCUUCCGGCCAGAAGUCUUUCAUUCCCAAAGAACAAAGGGCUUUCGAUUGGAAGAGCUUCGUUCCUAAGGAUUACCAGUCUUUUAUUCCUUCCGAUAAGAAAUCUUUCGAUUGGAAGAGCUUCGUGCCCGAAAGUCACCAGAAUUCCGACUGGCACAGUUUCGUUCCUUCCAGCUUUCGUUCUCACUUAGGAAGCGCAUAAAGACCAAAGACAA